UACCGAGAGCUGCGCGCGCGCUCUCAUCCAAAACACUGUGGGAGCCGUUCAUUCUGCUCGGUUUGGUGGGACCUCCUCGCGCUGCCUCCGUCUCUCUCAUCCGCGUGCGAAGGCUGCACGAGACGCUCGACUCGCUCUCACAAGCUCCCCGUUGCAUUGUUAUUCUGCUUGGAGGUGAACGAGGACCCUGAACAAACUUCUGCCUGCCAGAACCACAAAGAACAGAGAGAGAGAGAGAGAGAGAGAGAGAGAGAGAGAGAGAGAGAGAGAGAUGUACUGUGCAGUUCUCCUCUCCUCUUUUCUUUUCUUGCUCUAUGUGAGCUGCACUCCUCAGAUCUACAGUCACUAUGGGAGGAGAGUGUGUGUUGGCAGCGCUGGCAGCAGUAGAGUGGUGUCCAGUACAGAGUCCUUCAUCCAGCCUGUACACAAACCCUACAUCACCAUGUGCCCCAACCACCGUCUGUGUAGCUCCUACAAGACAGUGUACAAGGUGUCCUACAGACAGGUGACCAGAGUGGUGCAGAGCACUCCCUUUUACCCAGAAUGCUGUCCGGGAUGGCGCCGCUUACACUCGCACAACUGUAACCACGCGGUGUGUGUGCAGGCAUGUGUGAAUGGAGGAUCUUGCAUGAGGCCAAAUCACUGCACGUGUCCGACAGGCUGGACUGGACACUACUGCCAGAUAGAUGUGGAUGAGUGUCGGGGGUCGCAUGGUUGCGCUCAGCAGUGCGUGAACUCUGCAGGAAGUUAUCGGUGCGUGUGCGCCGACGGAUUCCGUUUAGCGGAAGAUGGACGGUCGUGUCAGAGUCCUCCUCCCUCCCCCACACCAGCCAGCCAGCCCAAAGCAAACGAUCGCCCACCCACCAGCAGCGAUGCAGGUGGAGGUGUGGGGCUGAUGGAGAACGUUACAGAGGAAGUCCAGAUCCUCAGGAGCAGAGUAGAGCUUCUGGAGCAGAAGCUGGAGAUGGUUCUCGCGCCGCUCUCCACCCUCUUUCCCCAGGAAGACGACGACAAGAAUGGCUUCCUCUUCGACAGGACCAACUUCCUGUCUGACCAGACCACUUUUCUGACCCACUCGCUGCGGCAGCUGGACCGAAUCGACUCCCUCAGCGAGCAGGUCGGCUUCCUGGAGGAACGCCUCGGAUCCUGUGAGUGCACGUGUCUGUGUUUGUUAGGAGUCGGUGAUGUCCGUGGUUUGAUAGUGGUUAUAGAGGAUUAACCGAAAUUAUGUGGACACCUUUUAAUUAGUUGGCUUGGCUAUUUCAGCCAAACAGGUGCAUGGAAUCAAGCAUACAGCCAUGUAAUGUCCACAGACAAACGCUAAUAGUAGAGCAGGUUAUACUGAAGAGCUCCAGCAAGUGAAAUUCCUGCCCUGCUAGAUCUGCCCGUCAACUGAAAGUGCUGUUAUUAUGGAGUGGAAAACUCUAGGAGCAACAACGGCUCAGCAGUGAAUGGGGUAGACAACACAAACUCACAGAACAAAGUGGCAACAUCAGCACAAGAACUGUGUGUCGAGAGCUUCAUGAAAUUAGUUUCCACAGCUGAGAAACUGCACGCAAGCCUAAGAUCACUAUGUGCAAUGC